AGGUUCUGCUACGCUUUUUUGUGUCCAACAGCAAAGUAUUCGACAAGAUAUGGUUCUUUUUCUUUUUGCUGCGCUGUUUGCUGCUGUGAAGAUCGGUAGUGCGGUUGAUCCUAUUCAAGUCAUUGUAGUCAGCAAUCAGAGUUUCGAUCCGUCUAUGAACAAUAACCAUAUGCAAGUGUUCAAAAUGCUGCUGCAUAAUUAUAUAAAAAGCAAGAACUUCAGUUACAAACAGGAGGAUGUAAGCCAGAAGAUCAUCAAUGAAGGAGGACAGUUCUCCAUUUUAUACAAACUGAAAAACUUUGAUUGCGACGGGUUAAUCGACUUUGCUCGUGAAGGCAAACGCUUAGCAAAUUUCGUCAAAACUAUCAAGGUCAAAUGUUCAGGCAGAAACGAAGUCACAAUCUAGUCUAUGUUUCUUUAAUAAACGACUGUAGGCGUCAAAAAUAGGAUUGAAAUCGAG